CAUGGGGAUGGGGAAGAGGAGCAUGUGAGACACGUGUCCCAAAGACAGGGCAGGGAAGCCAGAAAGAGCCUGGGGAGGAGUUACAUGACCGAGAGCCUCUCCCUGCCCCGCAGGCGCCGCUGGACACAGUCUCCUAGUGACCCGGAGCCCCCGUGCUCUGACCUUCCGUGCCUGGCAGGCAGGGCCUCACGGUGUGAAGCUGCUGGGAUGAGUGCAGCCCCAUGGUACAAAGAAAAGCUGUUGUCAAGGUUCUUGCCUACACACACCAAGCAGAGGUUCUCUGACUCGCUUAACAGCCAGCGCUGGAGGUUCUUAAAAAGUGGUCUGGAUGAUUUCAGAAGUGGCUUCCCUCCUCCAUGUGAUAACAUCAUCAUCCAGGGCACAAAGGGGCUUUCUCCCGUCCUGCUGCAGAGUGGAUCCCACCUGGCUCGACAAAAGGCACAGAAAACACCAGCUAAACCCAAGUGCAAGCUCAGGUCAGAGCUGGAAGCUGGGAAGGAGUUCACAAAGGAGACUGACCGUCACCCAAGCCACGACCCUCAAUUACUUCAGGCUCAUUUGGAAGACGGCACCCUUCCAGAAGUAAAGACAACAUAGUUGCUGCUGUUCUUCCUUGAAGUAAACAUCUGUGCAGUACCUGAAAUGCAAAAAUAGUCCAGGAUUGUGUUCCCUCUUGCCUUAUAACCCCCCCCCCCCCCCUUCCCCUCAUUAUUAAUUACAAACAGGAUGCCAACAAACUCCACAUCUCCACAUGAAAAUGUCUCUCUCUUCUUACCAUAGAGAGAGCUAUAUAUAAGGAGCUGGCAGGUCUCAGAGACACCUUGCUGCCAUGGUGAUAUAAGUCACCCAGGUCAGUUACUGAACCAGGCUCACACUUUCCCAUCAAUAUAAGACACGGGAGAGAAGAGGCUUUGCCCUCCAGCCUUGGAAACAUCUUUGGAUAACCCUGGACAUGCCAUG